AUGGUGGAUCUCUUCCUGGGGAAAGUCCUCGUGAAGAAUAACAAGGACAAAGAUGAGCUGGACACGGAGCGGGAGAUUUUACUGCGGCUACAGAACCGUAUCCUGAUGCUGUUCUUCGGCUCGGGCGACUGCGAACGCUGCCAGGAGUUUGCUCCGACGCUCAAGGAUUUCUACAAGCGUCUAACAGAUGAGUUCUACGUGGAGCGCUCGGCCCAGCUGGUGCUGCUUUACAUCUCUCUGGACCCGUCCGAGGAGAAGCAAGAGAAGUUCCUCAAAGACAUGCCCAAGGGGUGCCUGUUCCUGCUCCAUGAGGACGCCUACAGGAUGGAGCUGAAGGCCAUGUUUGAGGUGGAGGAGAUCCCUACCGUGGUGGUUCUUCGGCCCGACGCCUCCAUGCUCUCUCCCAAUGCUGUGGCAGAGAUUUGCACGUUGGGCCCUGACUGUUUCCGAAACUGGCAGGAAGGAGCGGAGCUCAUCGACAGGAACUUCAUGAUGGCUGAAGAGUUUGAUGACACCAAGAUGCGCAGCAUGACUGAUCCCUUGCGCAGACUCAAGUACAAGGUAGACACAAAGAAGAAAAAAAACAAGAAGAAAGGUGGAAAAGAGGAGGAUGAUGACGAUGAAGGGGAGGAGGAAGGUGACGACAAUGAUUCCGAUGAAGGGGAGGGCGACAGCGCAUGGUGA